AGUCCGUUUGACGAGCUUUCCUAUGUAACAUCUACGAGUUGCUGCAAGAAAUUUGUUAAAGUUUUCUUUCGGAUUAGAAUUUCAUUAGCACGAAUAUGAUGAAGAUUAGUGGCUUACCGAAAAGAAAAUCCGGAUUUUCAAUUGAUUCUUUGAUAGGUAAAGAGUCAGAAAGAGAAUGCGAGGAGGACAAGAAAAGUUCCACGUCAUCAACCCCUUCACCUCAUCCACCAACUUCCUUACCAUCAUCGGCACUACCUGGUCUCAGAUUAAAUAGACCUGAAAAUCCUAAUAAUGUAUUUCGACCAGCCUUUGCUCCGGGAUUAGCUAUGGGAUUGAAUCCUAGUCAAAACGACAGCCUUCAAAGAUUUCUCAUGUUCCAGAAUCAGAAUAGAGCUGAUUUCGUUCAACAUCCUGGCGUUCUACCGUCCUAUCCUUGGUUGGCGGGAGGUGGACUUAGAUAUUCUCCAUCUUUUCACGCCGCUGCAGCUGCUCAUAGACUAGCUCCUGAUCUUAGCUUCUUACUACAACCUUUCCGAAAGCCAAAAAGAAUACGUACGGCCUUUAGUCCUUCGCAUUUAAUGCAGCUGGAACACGCUUUCGAAAAGAACCACUACGUUGUUGGACAGGAACGAAAAGAACUAGCCGCCAGUCUAAAUUUAACAGAAACACAGGUAAAAGUAUGGUUCCAGAAUAGGCGUACGAAAUAUAAGAGAAUGAAAGCCGAAGAAGCUGGAAAUAAGUCUGGGAAUAAUAAUUCAAGUGAUUCAAUAAAAAUGGACGACGAUCUAAGAGAUGAAGAUGAUUUUGAAAAGAUGAAAAAUGACGACGAAGAAUCAGAAGAAGAUUGGGAUACUGUACAAGUUGAAUAAGUUGAAUAACAAUUUAGCGUUUUGUUCUGCAAUUAUUCGUUUUUUUUUUCCAUUUUGCAAUAAAAAGUUUAAGCGUAUAGACUUACGUUCUUACUAAAAAGAGAGAGAAUUAAGAAUUUUCUUCAUGUAUGCAUGUUUA